CACAGCAGAGCGCCGCGCGUCCUUUGUCCGGCCGGGGUUCGGGGGCAGGUUCGGCCUCCGCCGCGUGUGUCGGACCCCCCGCCCGGCAACGGCUCCCGCUCCGGCCCAGCGCCGCCAAAGCGCCGUCCCCACGGGCGAAGUUGGGUCCCUGGCGCAGCUUCGCUCGCGCUGAAGGUAUUUGGGGCAUUCCCUGCCUGGCUGCGAGAAGAAACCUGAGCCGAGCGCGGCCGGCGGGCUGCACAGGCUCCGCCAAAGGGCCGGCUCCGGCCCAUGCCUGCCCAGGAGCUCGGCCCGCCUCCAGGCUCUGCUGCGCCCUCGGCGCCUGCAAGCGGGACAAUUGAACGGCGGGCGGCGGAUCAGCCGGGCGUGCUCUGGCCGCGGCUGCUGGCGCUGGUGGCGGCGACGACUCCCGAGCGCCCUCUUGCCUGACUGGCCCAGCAGACGAAACGGCAGCCGGCCCGCCCGCCGCUUGCCCGGGGGGGCGGCCAAGCACCGAUGGAGGCUCGCGGCGUGCUGCGGCGGCUCGUCUUGCUGCUGGCUUGCGUUCGUCUGCACGCCGGGCAAGAGACUUCAGUGGAGAGCUGCUGCACAAGUGGAUAUGAAUGGGCGAGUCAGAAAAGAGACUGCACUUCUCUGCCUUUAAAUCUCAGCUCCAGAGAAUGCAGCAUCGCUCAGGAGCAGUGUUGCCUCGGGCAGCUGGAGGAGCGACAUUGUACCACUGGAAUCGCUCUUGCCAGCAAGCAAGAAGACUGUGAGUCGCACGAAGGCAAUUCUACCUACGAAGACAAAAUCGUGAAGAAAUGCUGUUACUGCUGCUUUAUGGGGAAGGUGGCCCGGAAACAAGGGAACAGCUGUGAGCAGAGUCUGCAGAUGGGAUAUCAGUGUGGACUGGUCUUCAGAGCCUGCUGUGUUGAGGGGCAAGAAGGCACUGACUCAUCCGUGGUUGAUGGUCCUCACAAAGAAUUAGUGUUGCCAAUAGAGGUGGACCAUGAGGAUCCUUACCGUCAUGACCGGUGCAGAGGAGGUGGUCCUUGCACGCAGCAAUGCAGGGAUACAGGAUCCAGCGUUCUGUGCUCUUGCUUUAUGGGCUACCAGCUUCAGCCAGAUGGUUUCACUUGUGAAGAUAUUAAUGAGUGUAUCACUGCAGAACACAAUUGUGGCAUUGGACAAAUUUGUAUCAAUACACUUGGAUCUUUCCGUUGUCAGCGUGAGACCAGUUGUGGAACUGGUUAUGAACUUACAGAGGAAAAUCUUUGCAAAGAUAUUGACGAGUGUGAGACUGGUACUCAUAACUGCCUCCCCGAUUUUAUCUGUCAGAAUACUCCUGGAUCCUUCCGUUGCCGACCCAAGCAACAGUGCAAGAGUGGCUUUAUACAAGAUGCACUAGGCAGCUGUAUUGAUAUCAAUGAAUGCCUGAGUGCUAAUGUGCCUUGUCCAAUUGGCCAGACGUGUAUCAACACAGAUGGCUCUUUUGCUUGCCAGAGGAAUGUGCCAAAUUGUGGUCGGGGCUACCACCUUAACGAAGAGGGGACAAGAUGUGUCGAUGUGGAUGAGUGUUCGGCACCUAAUCAGCCGUGCGGAGAAGGUCACCUUUGUGUCAAUUCCCCUGGCAGCUACCGCUGUGAGUGCCAGCAAGGGUACUAUUUUGAUGGAAUCAGGAGAUCUUGCAUUGAUGUGAAUGAAUGCCGACGAUACCCAGAUCGCCUGUGUGCUCAUAAAUGUGAAAACACACCUGGAUCUUAUUACUGCAGCUGUACCAUGGGUUUCAGACUUUCUUCUGAUGGGAGAUCAUGUGAUGAUUUGAAUGAAUGUGAAAGUAGUCCCUGUAGCCAGGAGUGUGCCAAUGUGUAUGGGUCCUAUCAGUGCUAUUGUCGUCGGGGAUAUCAGCUUAGUGACGUGGAUGGGGUCACCUGUGAAGAUAUUGAUGAAUGUGCCUUACCAACUGGAGGACAUAUCUGUGCCUUUCGAUGCAAUAAUGUUCCAGGGAGUUUCCAGUGCACUUGUCCCUCUUCUGGUUAUAAGCUGGCGCCAAAUGCACGGAAUUGUCAAGAUAUUGAUGAGUGUGUUACUGAAACACAUACCUGUUCAAACAAUGAGACCUGCUUUAACAUUCAGGGAGGUUUCCGUUGCCUUUCCUUGGAAUGUCCAGAGAAUUAUCGCAAAUCUGGAGAUACUGUCAGACAGGAGAAGACAGAUACUUUCCGUUGCAUUAAGUCAUGUCGACUGAAUGAUGUCAACUGUGUGUUGGAUCCCGUUCAUACCAUUUCCCACACUGUCAUUUCACUGCCCACAUUCAGAGACUUUUCAAGGCCUGAAGAGAUUAUUUUCCUUCGUGCCAUCACCCCCGCCUAUCCCGCCAACCAGGCAGACAUCAUCUUUGACAUCACAGAGGGAAAUCUGCGGGAUUCAUUUGACAUCGUCAAACGCUACAUGGAUGGCAUGACUGUGGGUGUGGUUCGCCAGGUGAAGCCCAUCAUUGGCCCUUUCUAUGCCACCCUCAAGCUAGAAAUGAACUACGUUAUAGGAGGUGUUGUUUCCCACCGCAACAUUGUCAACGUGCACAUGUUUGUUUCAGAAUACUGGUUCUGAUUGCACCACUUUUGAUCCAAGCAGAAGAACUACAAAGAGUAACACCACUGCAAACUCUGAAAACUGAUGUAUUGUUUGUAUGUUUUAUGCGGAUGUUCUAAGACCAAGUAUCUUUCUUUUCAAAGACCAUAUCUGGUUUAUUGUUUAAAUAAAGGAUAAAUACCAAACUUUCUAAAAUAGAACUAGCAUGGAAUAUUAUCUUGUAGUCCUAUCUAGUUGGAUUGUUUUGAUGGUAUAAAUAAAAUAAAUGUCUGGUUGCCUGA